UCCACUUCGACCUGACCAGCGCGCGAGCGGCCAAACCCAAACCAGUAGCCAUGCAGCUCGUCCCAUACAUUGUCGUAUGCCUCUCGCUAGCCUUUCUCCUCGCGCCAUACGCCACGGCGACGGCGCCCGCCGGCACGCUGGAGCGGGAGACCAAGCAGCAGAUCCUGGCGAGCAUCCCGCCGCACUGGCAGGAGAACCCCGUGUUGUUUCUGACCUCGCCAUCGGGCAAGUACGCGGCGUACUUCAUGCGCAGCCAGACCACGCCGGGCGCCGGCGGCCUCGGCGCCGACUUCUGCUACGUGGAGGUGCUCGACACGACCGCGCCGGGCGCGGAGGGCCGCAGCGUGUGGGAGUCCGAGUGCAUGGCGGUGAGCACGGUGAACACGUGCGCGCUGGUGUUCUCGUGGAACGGGCUGGAGGUGUUCGACGGGAGCAACUCGGUAUGGCACACCCACGACGCGCGGUCCGACGACCACAACUUCCUGCAGACGCUGGAGCUGGUGGACGAGGGCGACAUGCGCAUCCUCGACAAGGGCGGCGAGCUGGCGUGGAAGGCCAGCGACGAGCCGCGCGCGGCGCAGCACUGCGGGAUGCCCGGCUCGCCCGGCCUGGCCGCCGCGCUGCCCCCUUUCGCGGAGCCGAUCGGGCACGGGAGCAGCAACCUGCCGUUUGGAGAAGGCGGCGGCUACGGUAACGGCGUUGGCGUUGGCGGCGUGGCGCAGCCCGAGCUGCCGCUGGCGCCGUUGCCGCAGCCCGAGCAGCCUUUGGCGCCGUUGCCGCAGGAAGCGGAUCAGUUCGGUGGCGCCGCGGCACAGGGUCAGGCCGUGGAGGGCGUGGGGCAGACGUUCGGAUUCGGGGGGCAGCCACUGGUGGACAACAGCCCGUACGACAGUGGGGCGCUGAAGCACGGAUUCAGCUUCGUUGGGAUGGCUGUUGCAUUGGGUCUCAACAUUGCCGUCGCCAUGGGUCCGGGUCUCUGAAUUUGAGGCACGCUCGCGUGCGAAUGGUUGUGAUUUACUAAAUUCUUAUUGUUUCUGGCACAAGAAGCCGGGAGAUGUGUAUUUCGUUGUGUUUGGGGUGGUGUUUUUGCUGAUGUCAAUCGGGUGCUGUCGUUGUAUCUGAAAAUUGCAAACUGUAAUUGUUUCGGCCUUCCAAGUCGAUUAUA